GUCGGCUUUCUCACUGCUCACCCUGAAUUCAGUCAGCACAGCACUAGGGGAUGGAGUAAGGGAGGGAAAGCAUGGAUCCCAUUGAAGAAAAAAGCAAACCGGUCGACAUUUAUCGCGACACAUGGGUCCGCUUCCUAGGUUAUGCCAAUGAGGUCGGAGAGGCUUUUCGUGCUCUGGUACCUGUGAGCUUUGUAUGGGGCAGCUAUGCCGUGGCCACUGCGUAUGUUACUGCUGAUGCUGUGGACAAAGGGAAGAAAGCAGCUGUGGCCCACGGGGAGAACCCAGGGAGGACGACACGGGUAGCGGUGGCAGUGGUGGACACAUUUGUGUGGCAGGCCCUCGCCUCUGUGAUCAUCCCGGGCUUCACCAUUAACCGUGUGUGCGCUGCGUCACUGUACAUGCUGGGCAGAACCACCAAGUGGCCCCUGCCCGUCCGCAAGUGGACGACGACAGCUAUAGGCCUCUCUACAAUCCCCUUCAUUAUCACUCCAAUAGACAGGUCAGUGGAUUUCCUGCUCGACUCGAGCCUCCGGAAGGUCUAUGGUGAGCAAGAGAAGCACAAAUAAGGACAGACCAUGCAGGACAAAUUGUCCCCGUCUGGGUAGAGACCAGUCCACUAUAUGUCGACCUGUGCUGGUUAUCCACCACUGUGAAGCACUACGGAAGUGUGAAGAAGAAUUUCACGGAGCAAGACUCCACAGUUAGUCAGAGAUACAUAUAAUAAAAUCGAUUUAUUUCAGAACUAUAACAUUUAUAUAAGUAAGUUAAAUUGCUAAAAGUGAAAUACCCUCAUGGGGAUCCUUUAACCUCUCAGGGCAAUCUGGGUAGCGACACCAAAAAACGCUUAAACAGGAAUGUAACAGUAUGACAUAUGUAAAUAUUCACAGUACAAUCCUGCUUUUUAAAGUAUUAUUUGGCAGGGAUACAGCGUGCUGUUAUAUUCCUGUGAGCCUUCUCACAGAGAAAGCCUCCGAGGUUGCCCUCAUGGUUCAGAGCUGUGAGCUCAACUCCUGUCCAGAUGUCAAGGUGAUUUAAUACAAAUCUGUUAGCUGUGUUUAUAGCCAUAUGCUGUGGUACUGUAUUGACAGGCCAAAAAAGCCAGUUUGCCAUAAUGUCCCUCUUAUUCAGUACUUAUUUAAAGUUUGCAUUUGUUGUUUUGUUUUGUUUGUUUCUGAAAACAAAGCUGCCUGUUACUUUGAAUAGCUGUUUCAAGGGUUUGUGAUGCUGUUUUUCAUUGUUUCAUUUUACCUUGCUUUUGGUUACGGGAGCCAAGGUUUGCACUGGGGGCAUUUCUUACACCACAGUUACACUCUGUAUUAUUCUAUGUGGUAUAUGAUUCUCUUAAAGGGCGGGUCCAUCUGUUCAUUUACGGGUUUCUCAAAUUAAAACACCCACUCAGCUGUUAGCAAAACAAGGUGAAAUUGAUUUAUCAUGGUGAUCGCUGCUUAACUGAAAUGGUUAGUUUGGAUUUGUUGAAGUGGGUUUGUAUAAGGUACUUAUCCAUAGUCAGUGUAAUAGUUUCACUGCUUUACGUUGCAGUGAGAUAGCCACCAGAUUCCACUGACAAAAACAGUAAUUUUACCUGGCAGAACAAGGGAGUUGCUGUUCAACAGCUACCUCAAUCUGUUAGUUUGUCUUUUUGUUUGACUUUCAGAUCCAAACUCACCUGGCAUCUAUAGCCAGGUGAGUUUAGCUUCUGUGCUGGUUAGGGGGAUAGAGAAAUCUUGAAAAGCCACAGGAAGACUAGGGGGGUUUAUAUGUAGCAAUGUCAUCAUGCAGAAAACUAAGUCAGGUCACAUGACUUAGGCUAAAAACUUUAAAUAAGGAGUCCUAACCUUGGAGUGAUUAAGGAAAGUUCUCAGUGCGACUCUGAGCAAGGAAGGGACAGAAACUUACCUGAGUUUGGAGGUGUGGUUGACCCCAUUGUUAGGUGAUGCAUUCUUUUAACAGUUGUGAUUGGUUGUCACAGCCACGCCCCUGUGUGAGCCUGCAAGGUGUGGACACCCAGUGGAAAUGAGAUGAACUGCUGACUGUGAAAGUGUUGUCAUUGUUAGUGUGAUCACUCUGCUGAUGGAGGGUUGAGACAGAUUCAAGUCAUCACUGCUGCACUGUUGCAAAUUUACAGUUUUCCAAAUAUCUUAUUACUGUGAUCAUUUUAUUUCUGGUUUUGGUGGGAAAUGUGUGUGUACCCCUCAUGAGAUCAACCACACAUAUUAUCACUGCACUAUCUAAUCUGUAGCAUUUCAUUAACUCACUGUCAUCCACCGUUUUGAGAAUAUUUUUCCGACCUCUUGGUGUUUCCACUAUUUUCUCCUUUGCUUAAGAAACUCUUAAACCCCUUAGAAGUCCUCCUUCCUACUCCAAACAGUUCUUCACCGUAUGAGCUCUUUUAUGGGCUAAGAUGCUCUGUGACUAACUUAAAUCUUUACAUGGACCUAGUCUUAACUUUAAGGGAAAAUUCAAAGAAAACUUCACAAUGCCAAGAAUUUUCGUCACUAGUAGCAGCUCUUUGUACUAGGAAGCUUUGUAGAUACGGCCACAGAAUAAUAUAAAAACCUUUAAAAAAUGCAUGGACCCACCCUUUAAACUAAGAAAACUUGAAGUCACAUCAAGUAGAACUUCACAAGUAUUUUAACUAUUAAUCACCAAUAUCUAAACUGUCGUUUACGAAGUCUGUAGUCAGACAGUGUACAAUACUGUAACUUCUGAAGUCUGAAAACGUUACACACUCAAGUUUCAGACAUCUGUAACUAAUGUAGACAUUUAAAUCUUAAAUCUGUCUAGCAUCAGCAGUCAAGCUGCUUUGAAAUAUCAGUCCUACAAAAAAGCUCUAAGCUUUGGUGUUACAAUUUUUAACGCCUUUUCCUCAUUGUGGCACAAGUGUAGAUAUUUUUCAUCCAGCACAAGUACAUUAAAUGUAGUGUCUCAAACACCUGUUGAGGUCAGUGUUGCACCUAUGCAGAAAUGGUUUUAAGGGAUUCUUUCAGAUAUACACAGGUGCUGUACAUCUGUAUUAUUUGCAAUGCUUUUCUUCGAGGAGCCAAGUCAUAUACUGUGUCUCAUGCUGAACUAUGCAAGGGAAACUUGGGGAAUUCUGAAUUACAAGGGAUUGUUCUCCCUCUUGAAAAUAACUUAUGUGGUUACAUAAUAUUGUGAGAUAGAAAAGGGAAAUCUGAAACUAAAUGUAGCUUGAAAUUUGGAUGAGUGUUCGUAAGAUAAAGAGGAACAUGCUGUGUUUUCUGUCAGUGAACACCAGUGUACCAUUCUAGCAAUAACUUUUGUUCUGUGUGUCUGUGUCACACCUUGUUCUCUUUGCUAUGAAGGAUGUGGUUGACUUUUUCACACAGAGACAUAUGCUGAAAGACAAGAUUGUGAAAACUUGGGGUGCACCAUUAUGUCUUUAAAUUUAUUUAAUAACCAGUUAGGUCACGAUUCUCAACACGUGUUGACUUUCACCUUAAGUGCAAGAGUAGAGACCUUUUUCAUGUCUGGCAGUUUGACUCGUUAUAGCAGGGAAAGCACGAGUGUUAGUAACACCAAAGUCAGAAGUCUACACAUAGUUUCUUUAAAUGUCCCAAUUAAUUGUGCACAGUAACAUGGCUCUGGACUUGGGACACUUAAAUGUAAUCUACCCAUAAUUAAUUACACAUGUGCUUUUCCUGCUUUAAUAGACCUAUUGAUGCAUCCUUUGUGAAAAUCUAUAUAUUCAUACUUAUUUUUAACAUUUCAGAUUGUACACAGAACUCCAUUGUAUUUUUAUUGUUGCAUGCCGCAAAUGAAAAAAGGAACGGUUUACUUUUUUUUGGUAACAUUUUUAAAGUUUCCUCAUGUGGCAGCGAGUUUGGAAGUGGGUUUUAUGAGUCAUACUUUCAGCCUUAACUGAAACAAAAGAUCAAACCUCAAACUUUGUUUUGUGUGCUGUGUAGUUCACAAUGUGGAGAUUUUUUUUUUUCCGAAUGUGAAAGCAACUGUUGAAAGCUGUAACAACUUCUGAAACACUGGAGAAAAAAAAUUCUGUUGUGAAAUAAAUGAUGUAAUGACAA